CCUCCAAGAGAAACCCCUUCCUAGCUCCCUGCCACCGUGGCCACGUCCUCCGCCACCCAAACGCCCAACAAUAGAUUCGCCUCAUUUAAGAAAGGAGCUUCAGUCUCCAUUGGGUUUUGAUUAGGGCUGGCCAAACACUCAGGGUAACAUAGAACUUGUAGUCGUCAAACCUUUCUGGCAAUACCAAACCAAAUGAAGGAUUUUCUAAAACAUUUUGGUCGUCAACUGUAAUUAUUUUUUUAACCAGGUUUUUCUACAUUUCAAGACAUUCAACAACUGUUUUUCAAACACUGUAUUUGGAAAUUGUUUUUUGUUGUUUGAGAGCUACACGACUGAGAAACUAAAACUUGAAGAAAUUCAUUCUGGCAAGUGAAGAGAUACCUGAAGAUUAAAACUAAUCCCUGGAAUAAAGUCCAACAAUUAAAAGUUAACAAGUAACCAGAAAAUUCAAGUGAACAAUUCAAAGUCAGAAACGUGAACAACUUUCUCAACACAUGAACCGUGUUCAGAUAUUCAUCGUCUUGAGACAGAGCUGAGAACUAGAAGAUACGAAGACGCGCAGUUGAUUGAUACGAGCUGAAUAGCGUUAGCCUACAGAUUUUAAAGCACCUUCAGACAGUCACACUUUGUCUCCCUACAAUGUUACCGCAAGUCUCUACAUUUCUCACUCUUCUAGCCAUCCUCCACCUGCCCAAAUCUUGUCACUCUGAGAACGUCUCCUCAGACCCCGGCUCUGGUGACGCACUGCAGUCUUUGGAUGAUCUCCGCUGGCAGUCGUUUUCAUCUGAUGGAAACACCGAUGUGGACAAAAGGGUUAGAGAGUUCGUGGGGAAAAGAUCGGAGGAUCAGUUUUACAAUGAAAAUGACGCAAUAGAGAAGCGGCCAAGGCAGUUUGUAGGGAAACGAACCGAGGACAAAAGAGUUCGUGAAUUCGUCGGCAAACGAGUUAGAGAGUUUGUGGGGAAAAGAGACAAUGGUGAUAUAGACACAGACAAGAGGGUCAGAGAGUUUGUGGGGAAACGGAACAGUUACGGGGAUGAGUUUGACAACGCAGAUGACGUUUACAGAUUUCUGGCAGAAAAAAGACCCCGACAAUUUGUCGGAAAAAGAAGUGGUCCUUAUUUCUAUGAAGAAAUAAUAAAUAAUGAAAAAAGGCCACGACAAUUCGUCGGAAAGAGGAGUAGCCCGUAUUUCUAUGAUGAAAUAUUGAGCAAUGAAAAAAGACCUAGACAAUUCGUUGGAAAAAGAGACAAUCUAGAGGACAUAUUUCUUAAUGAAGAGAAAAGGCCUCGACAAUUCGUUGGCAAGCGCUACAUCGCGGACGAAGACUUUCUCAUUGAUGCCGAGAAGAGACCGAGACAGUUUGUUGGUAAAAGAUAUAGUUUUGCUUUAGAUAACUUGGUAGAAAAACGACCCCGCCAGUUGGUCGGCAAACGAAACUUCGACGAGGUGCUGACCGAUGCCGCUCAGAGAAAUGCCAUUACAAACUACAUUCUGCACAGACUCGUCGAGGAGAGUCCUGAACUGAUGGACGGAGUCCUUACCGAAGAUGGCCAGCUAAGAACCAAAAGGUCAGUCUCAGACUGUGAAGACGACUUGAAAAAGAGCCUGACAGAGUUGUUCAGCCAAGAUGGAGACAUGAGAGAUCGCUUCAGUCUGGACAAAAGAAUCCGAGAGUUCGUCGGCAAGCGCAGCCCGUCGUCAUGUGUAGAUGUUGUGAAACGGGUCAGAGAAUUUGUAGGCAAAAGGGCAGAGAAAAGGCCGAGACAAUUCCUAGGCAAAAGGUCAACAGACAGCCACACGAAAGGCUCAAGAUGACCUUUCAAACCCAACCAACAAGUCUGUUGAUCUUCGGGACAGAGUGUCCAGAUUAGUUAGACGAAGUUCAUGAUCUUAAAAUUGUCAGCGAUUAAUUAAUUUGGACAUUAAAUAAAAUUAAAUAAACUGAAACGCAUUUAGAAUAGAUUAUUAAAAGUCUGUUUGGUCUUUGUUUACCUGGCGCCAUGCUUACACUGAUGUAAAACUCGAUGCAGAUGAAUUUGUUCCAUAUUAUUUUGUCAAGUUACUUUUUUAACUAUUGAUUAUAAAAUCAUACAAUUGAAAAAGAUCUUGAACAUGUUUAAACUAGACACAACUCAGAUCAUUAAAGCUGUCUUGUUUCCGACUAUA